AUGGAUAUUGAUGGAGUAAACGAUGUUCAUAUUUUAGAUCCUGAGCUCUUACAGCUUCCGGGUUUGUCUCCUUCUCCGCUCAAAGCAAGCUCUCAUAUUGCUGAUGAACUCUUCUCUCAGUGGCUUUCACUCCCAGAAACAGCCACAUUGGUCAAGUCUUUGAUUGAUGAUGCUAAAUCUGGAGGACUAACUAAUGUAUCCAAGAAUUGUGCCAGUAUCAAUGUUUCUUGUGGAAGUGUUUUGCCAGCUGUGUUUCUGAGCAGUGGCACUCCCCCACUAUCUCCGCGAAGCUCGUCUGGUUCUCCCCGUUUUUCGAGGCAUAGGACUCCAUCUCUCCAGUCUCCUCUGAGAUCAGUUAAGGAACCAAAGGAUGAGCUCAUUCCUCAGUUCUACUUCCAACACGGGCGUCCACCAGCAAAAGAACUAAAGGAGCAAUAUAAAUCCAUGGUUGAUCACUUUUUUAGUAACUAUAUUGACGGACUACAUGUGGAUGAAUUCAAAUCCAUUACGAAAGAAGUCUGCAAGCUGCCGUCUUAUCUUUCUCGUGCACUUUUCAGAAAGAUGGAUCCCAAUUGCACUGGUAUAGUUACAAGGGAUGCAUUUAUCAAGUAUUGGAUUGAUGGAAAUAUGUUAACUAUGGACACAGCCUCCCAGAUAUAUAAUAUACUAAGGCAACAGAACUGCAAGUAUCUCAGACAGGAAGACUUCAAACCAGUUCUUGAUGAGCUUCUGGCAACACAUCCUGGCUUAGAAUUUCUGAAGACUGCAAGUGAAUUUCAAGAAAGAUAUGCUGAAACUGUCAUCUACAGAAUAUUUUACUACAUCAACAGAUCUGGAACUGGUUACCUUACUUUCAGAGAGCUGAAACGCGGAAAUCUUAUUGCUGCUAUGCAACAACUUGAUGAAGAAGACGACAUCAAUAAAAUCAUAAGGUACUUCUCCUAUGAGCACUUCUACGUCAUAUACUGCAGAUUUUGGGAACUUGAUGGUGACCAUGAUUGCUUUAUUGAUAAGGACAAUCUCAUCAAAUAUGGUAAUCAUGCCCUUACCUACAGGAUUGUUGAUAGAAUAUUUUCACAGGCUCCUAGGAAGUUUACGAGCAAAGUUGAAGGGAAGAUGAGUUAUGAAGAUUUUGUAUACUUCAUUCUCGCCGAGGAAGACAAAUCUUCGGAGCCUAGUCUUGAGUAUUGGUUCAAGUGCAUAGACUUGGAUGGAAAUGAGGUGAUCACUCCAAACGAAAUGCAGUUUUUUUUCGAAGAGCAGCUGCAUCGCAUGGAAUGCAUAACCCAGGAACCUGUUCUCUUCAACGAUAUCCUAUGUCAAAUAAUUGACAUGAUUGGACCGGAGAAGGAGAACUGCAUCACCCUCCAGGAUUUGAAAGGAUCCAAACUUUCUGGCAACGUCUUCAAUAUACUCUUCAACCUUAAUAAAUUCAUGGCAUUUGAAACACGUGACCCCUUUAUCAUUCGCCAGGAACGGGAGGAUCCAAAUUUGACAGAGUGGGAUCGAUUCGCUCAGAGAGAGUAUGUGAGAUUGUCAAUGGAGGAAGAUGUAGAGGAAGUCUCAAAUGGGAGUGCAGAUGUAUGGGAUGAACCACCCGAACCUCCAUUUUAG